CUUGGUGGAGGCUUGAUACGACUUUGAAAAAUCUCGUAUCCAUGUGUAUUUACUGAAUAAACUGCAAUGCCUCUAAUAGCAGAUGGUCUUUGUAAGCCCGAGGUUAUGGAAGAACAGGAACAAUUUUUAUUUACAUACGAUGAAAUCGGCACCGUUCUAAGAACGGUCGGAAGUAAUUUGAAUAACUUUACGGUGGAUUGUUCGGCGAGUACGACCAUGGCUGAUCCGUACCCUGGAGAAGAUGGGACAGAAGUAACUCUCGGCUUGAAAGAUGAUGUCACUGCAAUGUUUGGACCUCCGGCUGUGUUCAAGAAAGGAAUGGAUAACUAUGACAAUGUGGAACUUCUGUACAAUGAACUGUACAAACGAUGGCUUGAGCAACAGGAUCAAUUGGCACAUGCACAGGAAGAGAUUAUUAGACUAAGGAAUCAAGUAAUUGAUUCCAGGUUGAGUUACCAGCGUGGAAAGAGAGUCUAGAAUUGAUUAAACUGACAAGAGUGAUGUGAAAAGAAGCUUGUGCAACCAUACACAGUGAUAUACGAGUGUUUCAAGGUUACAUUUCCGGUUACACCUGUUUCAGGUAAUGCAUCAAAGUACAUUUUGUGCCAGUCUUGGUGCUGUGCUAGGAAAUUUGGUAUGGCAUGCGUCACGCUUUCCUCACGUCGUAGACUUAUGGCUAUCCAAGUUUCAGGCAAAAGUUGGGGAGUUCUUGUGCAUUGUGAAUGGAACCUUCGUUUCCUUUAUAAACACAUACGGUUCUGUAUUUCCCUCUGAGAACAGUGAUGAGUUUCAAUUUGUAAAGGGUUUGUGUGGUAUCGUAACAAAUCUAUCGGCAAGCCCUGGAGGUCGUCAGUUUUUGGUCACACAUCCGAAUGGAAAAAAUUUGCUGCAGAAGAUGGUAAAACUGAUGCCGUUGGUGCCGUUACCUACGGGCAACUCAUUAGCAAGGUUGAUCUUGAUGAUUUUGUACAAUGUCAGCAUAAAUAAAUCAGGCCUGCACUAUUUGAUAGAACUUCGUAUCUGUCAAAUACUUGGCCCCUAUGUCAAUAAUUCGAAUUCGGAUGAACUAAAGCAGCUCUCCUUGCGACUACUACAAUCUAUUACCUUCGAGCUUACAGAUGAUUUGACCAUUGAUGAUAUUCUAACAAAAAUCACUGUAACAAGAAUUCAAGAACUUAUGCAAACAGAAUCGGAAAUGGUUGCAUCAACUGCCAAAGAGGUCAUUUCAAAUCUCAAAAACUGUCAAUCGUCUCUUCACCAUGAUAGACGUUUUUGUCGAGAUUGAUGUGGAAACAAUAUAUCAUCUAUCGUCAGAUACUAAACGUAAUACCAAUAGGAUUGGUGUACAUUGGACAUGUGGAACAGCUGUUGUACUGUAUCAGGAAUAUCUACCAUGCUUGAUUUUUUACUUGUUCCAAACAAAUUAUGAAAAUCCAAAUGUAUUCUGGAACAAAUGAAGUGGAUUUUCGUCGUG